AUGCAUUUUUCUAGUUUAUCGAAUGCUUUGAAUGAAGACAUCAGUUACAAAAUGAACAAAAACAACUCAGGUGACAAAGAGUCUGUGAGGAAAUCCUGUUCUGCGAGAAUAUUUGAUGAAGAAGUCAAUGUCACAAAUCGUUCUGCUGAAAAUUAUCAUGAGCCUUUACAGGCCUCACACGGGGCACGGAUCAUGGCUAAUGAGGUGGGCGUUUCUCAUCAUUACACUUCUUUUUUCUUUCGUUAAAAAAGUAAGUUUAGUUAUUGUAAAAGUUACAAUUUGUUAUCCGAAGGGGCAAGAAAAAAGGAAGUUUAUGUGAUUUUAAAGGCAAACGCGCAAGACUACCUGAUUCAAUAUAUAAGCUUUGAAAAUAGGUCGUAAUUAGUUCCGAUUUGACUUGUAAAACGGUUCCUCCAAAAUUAGCUCAAUUUUAAGUCCGUCCAACAUUAGAGAAACAUUCAAUGCAACUAGAACUUUUCUGCAUUUAAGGCGUUCAGGUAAAUGAGUUUGAAAUUUUUUUUCUUCGUGGAGAGAUGAAAAAGCGCGCGCAAAUGAAAUGUUUAGAUUAUGACGCCACUCUUCGACAUUCCACCAUCUUCAAGCUGGAUAAAAAAGUUGAUAGUGCUUUGUAUCCCAGCUUUUUUGCUCUCUUCUAAUUUCGUUAAUUAAGAAAUCAAUAUGUUGGCAAAUUUUUUUCAGUCUGCGAGAGAAAAGGAACAACUAACACAGAAGAUCAUCUACCUUGAAACAGAGAUUAACGGUUAGUUUUAUGUGGUCACGCAUGCAUGAAAAGAAAAGUGCGCGCGGAUUACAAGGAGUUACCGAUGCUCCACUGAUAAUAAGUCGUUUACCCCCUACCCCCUCCCUACUGCUUCUCGUUCCGUCAUAAAUAGUUCCGUUUUUUGUGUUUUCCCAGUUUACCUUAUCACUCAAACCUAAAAUUUGUUCAAUCUAUUUUUCUAAGUACUUAAAAUAUUCAUUUGUUUUUUAACAGCUAAAGAGAAGGAGAUCGCCUUUCUUAAACAAACUCUCUUUGGGAGAAACAAAGACAUUGCUGAUCUCAAAGGAAAACUGUCCCAGCUAAAACAAACUGUGCAAAGAACUCAAUCUUAUUUUGUUAAGCAAAUGGCAUCAAUAGACAAAAAGCUACAGGAUGUAAGGAAGAACAUUGCCGAGCUCGAGGGGGGCUUUAAUUUUACUAUCCAGAAGAAUAAAACGGAAGUAGAAGAGUCCCGGAGCAAACCACAAAUAUUUAAUGGUGAGUAUGUAAAUUGGGAUGGCGUCGUAUCAACUGAGUGGUGACAACGCGGUUGAUACGACUGCCUUGUUUUUUAUGAACUCAUUUUGUGUUCCAGGGAAGUGUUAUGGGACGUAGUUGGAGAGGAAAGAGCGGUCUGCAUCAUCUUUCACUAAACAUAAAUAUGUCUAUUUCAUUAGCUGUUCUUCCAUGCACUUUUAUUUUUAUUUCUGCUUCUUUUUUUUUUUUCUUCUAAACUAGGCAAAGCUUACUUUGACCUUCAACAAGCAUGGUUUGACACUGCAUCCAACAACGGUGGAUGUUUCAAAGUUGAAAACUUUCCAGUUAGAGUAAAAGAUCUUGAAACCAUAAGGAAUGUCAAAUCCGCUUCAAGGGCCUUCACUGAGCAAGCUAAAGGUAUGAAGAAGGAAACUUGUAAAUUACCAUUCCUCUACAGUCCACACCUGCGCGAAAGCAGUGCGGUCUUAAGAGUCAGAAAACAGUUAGAUACUCAGAAUUGUUCUUCCAUCUAUCGGCUUUGAUUUUUUAAUCAUCUUUCAUUUAGGCAAAGGUUAUUUGGACCUUCAACCAUCAUGGUUUGACACUUUAUCAAAAAACGUUGGAUGUCUUCUGGUUGAAAACGUUCCACUUAAAGCAAAAGAUCUUGAAGCCAUGAAGAAAGGUAUGUAGAAGGAAACUUUAAAAUACGAUUCCACAUAGGUGAUAGUCCACAUCUGUGCGAAGUACUGUCUUCUGAGCGUGAAGAACCUAUUAAGCCAAUUAGAAUUGUCAAUGUACCCUUCAGCUUUAGUACUUUUGCAAUGCACUCGCCUGACUCUAAUUCAGUGAGCAACUUCAUGAGGUGUUACAUCAUACAAAAAUAACACAGAUUCCUCUGGUAUUAUGCUGAACUUAUUUUCCAAGAAAGCUUAAGGCGUAAAAACGAACGCAUAUCCAUGCUUCCAACUUUGUUCAAGCUCAAACUGUGAUGAUUUCUGCUACAUUCAAGACUCGUGACUUACCCACUCAGAUCAAUCAUUUUUCAGAGGAGGUAGCUUUAAUUAAAAGACUUAGCUUGUUCUUUUAUCGAGUGCUCAAGGUCACGGUUUUUGCGGCGGUUCAGAAAAAGGGUUUCGCUGAAAUUAAUUCACUUUUGGUUCGGUAAGCUAAAAUCUUAGGUAUCUUUAUGUGGAAACGAAAUUCUUUACAUUGCAAUCAUAAAACAAAACUUAAUUUAUCUUUUAUCUAGGCAAAGAUUAUUUUGACCUUCAACCGUCAUGGUUUGACACUCUAUCCCAAAACGCUGGAUGUCUUCAAGUUGAAAACGUUCCAGUUAAAGGAAAAGAUCUUGAAGCCAUGAAGAAUGCUAAAUCAAAUUCAAAGGCCUCCAUAGCUGAGCCAGCUAAAGGUAUGAAGAUGAAAAAUUGUAAAAUACCAUUCUAUAUAAGUGAUAGUCCACAUCUAUACGAAGUAGUGUAUUCUGAAAGUGACAAACCCGUCUGGUAUUAAGGUGAACUUCUUUUCCAAGAUAGCUAGAGGCGUUACAAAACGAACACACAUCCCUGCUUUCAACUUUGUUUAAGCUCAAACUGUGACGAUUUCUUCUGCAUUAAAGACUUGUGACUUAUCCAGUCAGAUCAACCCUUUUUCGGAGGAGGUAACUUAAUUAAAAAGAGUCAGCUUGCUUCCUUGCUCAAGAUCACGGUUUAUGCGGCGGUUUAGAAAAGUGUCUCGCUCCAUUUAACUCACUAUGGUUUGGUAAGUUUAAAAUCCCAGGUAUCUUUAUGCUUAAACGAAAUUCUCAGCACUGCCAUCAUAACUAAAACAAAAAUUGAUUUAUCUUUUAUCUAGGCAAAGAUUAUUUUGACCUUCAACCAUCAUGGUUUGACACUCUAGUAGAAAACGCUGGAUGUCUUGAAGUUAUAAACGUUCCAGUCAAAGCAAAUGAUCUUGAAGCCAUGAAGAAUGUCAGAUCGAAUUUAAAGGCCUGCACCGAGCUAGCUAAAGGUAUGACUAAGAAAACUUGUAAAAUACGAUUGCACAUAUUUAGUUUUAGUGACAAACCAGUUCGACAACUAGAACUGUCAAUGUACCCCUCAGCUUUGGUACUUUCGCAAAGUCCUCGCCCAAUCUUUUUUUAACUGUCUGGGGAGUCCAUAUUCUUACCAUCACCCAUUAGAUCCUGUUCUGUCAAGCACUGUUUCCAGUGGGAAAAAAAUA